GAGUUACAGUUUAAAGAAAACAAAGCAGGCGUCAUGUCGAUGGGAUCGUGUUCUGCGAAAUGUACAUUAAUUCUGUUGAACGCAUUCUUUCUAGUUGUUUCGUUGGUGCUUAUUGCUGUUGGAUCUGUCAUGCAAGUAUCCUUUCAUGCGUAUGCACAAGUUUUCCGUGAUAGCGUAAGUGUACCAGCAGUACUAAUAAUUUCCCUCGGCCUCUUAAUAUGUAUGACUUCGAUUUUUGGCCUAGUGAUCGUUGUAAGAGAAAGAUACAUUUUAUUAUCAGUAUAUUCUUGCGUACUUGUCAUUCUUGUUAUUGCUGAAACUUUUAUUGGACUCGUUGGCCUUACCUUAAAGUCUUAUGUGCGCCAAAUUGUGGUGCAUACAAUGCAAGUGGCUGAGAGGAAAUAUAACGAGAGCAUUUCUGCGGCUUACACUUGGAAUACUAUACAGAACAACUUGCACUGCUGCGGUAUUUUGAACUACACUGAGUGGUCGACUUAUUUGAACAAUUCUGUACCAGAUUCUUGUUGCAUCUCUUAUAAAUAUAACUGUGGUAUUAAUGCUGUUGAGGCCAACAACGUUCACGCGACAGGCUGUGCUAAAGCUUUGUUUCACUGGCUCUAUGAACACCAAAUUGUCAUCGGCGUACUUUGUGCUGCUUUUGUCUUGCUAAAGAUUUUGACGCUUAUGUUAGCGCGUUGUUACGGCAGAUAUCUCGUGGAAUUUACAGAUCAACCCAGUCUGAAUCCUUUCAAAACUUCUAUAUGGCGGUAGCAACAAACCGUAGCUACUAAAAAUGUCUCUGAAGAAACUAAAUUUUCAACAAAAUUGUGACUAUAAGUUAUUGGACUGUUAGUUUUGGCUUAUUUGCUUAGAAUAAAAUUUUAAAAAAAAAAAAAAACCAGUUGUAAGCAACGUAUUCAAAUCUGGUUGUACCGUGGAAAUUUUGUUCGAGUCUAUUAUAGCGUUCUCAAAAUCAUUUUUUUUUUUUUUCCAAUGCUUUCAGAAAAAACUUCUCUUCGCUAUAGACUCUAUUUGUGGUUCCUAAUUUUAUGCCAUAGAAGUAAUACAGAAUCAAUGAAACUUUAAUUGCCUAAAUUUUUGAUACUUUUUUCCAAAAGUGGAACGAAUCGAUGCUUCUUAAAAGCAAAUUUCAAUCUUCAAUGACUUGUGAAAGGAACUUUUAUAUUAUCUGAAGUGCACACGACCUCCCCGGAGUUGCUUUACACUGAGUUUUCUUCGCGUUCUAACAAUCUCAUUUCAGGCGAACAAAAGCUUUAUUUACAUAAAUAAAUGGUUAUUUCUGGAAUGCCUCUAACUUCAUAUCACUUGUAAUUUGUCUUAUCUUAACAAGAUUAUUUCCAGUGUAAUUCUGAAUUAUUGCAUGUUAUCCUACACCAACUUCUAAAUUUUGACUUGAUUAGAUAGUUCUAUUCUGACAUUAGCACUUUAAGAAGUAACCAAUUGACUGAAUCGGCAAUGUAAUGAAUUUUUAAUUUUAUCAGCCAAAUCUUGAUUUUCAGGAUUUUGUUUAGUGAGUGCUAAUAUUAUAUGCAAAGACUACAUCUCAAAAAUGGUCCUCUUCAGAAACUUUCUGACUACAUCUCACCAUCUUCGGGACUUCUACAAUAAAGUAUUGCUACCAAAUCUAGAACGGUACUGUUGCUACACAACUUGUACAGCGUCCAGGGAAAGUCGCUUAAAUUUGCAUGACACGAACGCUUCAGUCCUUGGUUUACAUCUUCUGUCGCUUUCUCGCUUUUUCUAUUAAAAAAAAAACUAUCUGCAUUUUGUAGCUGGCUCCUUUCCAUUCCUCCUUCCAUCGGGUACUUUCCUCUUCCUCCCAUCACCUAUGUUGAGUCCAAUACUCCAGGCCAUGUAGCAACCACAACAUUUAGUUAAUCUCAGAAUGUCGGUUUUCAGGAACUCUCUCCAUACAUGUGUUUCUCGCCGUUGUUGGCUUGCAGCGAUUUCGAUGAAAAGUUAACGACCUUGAAAGACCCGCGGAAAGCCUUCAGCAUAGUCACUGCUUCCAGCGCACAUAUGCAGUAAAAAAGCUCGCUAGUAUAUAAACCCUGAUUCGACAAAGGGUUACAUUUUGUUAAAAUGUCAACUGCAUAAAAAUACAUUGAAAUUAAACUGUUAACGGACAGAUUUUUCCUGAUACGUAGCAAAUAAAGGUAUUAGCGGGCAUAACAUUCCUUAAUUUUUGUAAUCUAGAAUUGCACAAUCAUUGAAUAGGUACUAAAAACCUCUCCUCGUCUCACAAAUCAAACGGUACUGCAUAUUUUCAAUGCAGGCCUACCAUCCAGUAUUCGAACGUAUUUCCAUUAUUGUACUUGAAACUUUAUUUUCUAUUUUAUAAAAUGCAAAUCGUAACCUUGGUCAAAUCCUGUCUACUCUAAUAAAAACAUAAGCUAGACACUUCUGGCCUUUUCUUUUGCAUCACUGCAUUUCUCCCCCCCCCCUUUAAGUACAGGCAAAUAUCGUGUGACAGCAAUUUCCUGACUCGUAUUUGCGCAGAUAUUGAUUAUGUAGGAUUAGUUGAACAUUGUAUUUGAAAUGUCAGACAGUGCAAGGUGUUUCGAUGUCUUCCUAUUCCCCUUCUCUGCAAAGGUUUAUUUGCGCAGCAAAAUGUGAGUUUAUAGAACGUUUAUGUGGAGAUAAAUUAAAACGGCUUUGAUUGCCUGUACCCAGAGAUUCUCAACAUUGCGUACGAAAGUAUUUUACUGGUCAAUAAACCUGCUUUUCAUAGUCACCUGCUAAGAGAUAUUUUCCAGGAUAAGAAUGUAGUUAGUCGUCCCAGUUAUAGAAAACGGUAAUUUUAUAUAUAUAUAUUUUUUUUUUUCUAGUAUUGGUAUCUGACCAUAAUUUGGGGUGGGGUUACAAUUUAUUAAAUUACUCUCGUCGUGUUUCACUAGUACUUUUAUCGACUCCGGAAGGUAAUAAACUAAGUCGAACUAUUGUCUUGCAUAACUUGAUGGAUUAAUACAGCUUAAUGCUAACUGUCUCGAUACAAAACCUUGCAUAAUUAAGGCUAAUGUAGAAUCUCCUUUACAUCUAUAUCUUGAUUGCAUAACUAAAACAUUCGUCAGAAAUUUGUACUUAUUUCCGUUUGUGUAUUUAGAUUAUAAAUUCCCACUACCUAUAAACACUUUCAAAAUUACCCAGUGAAAAAUUUUCUUAUAUAAUAAAAGUGUGUGUGUGUGUGUGUGUGUGUGUGUUCCUUAUGGAUUCGAAAACUGUUGCCGAUUUUGACAUGAGGUAUCAAAAGAUUCAGUAAUCUUUCGGCUACCUGGUUGAUGAACUUUGGGACAUAGUGGGACACAAUACUCGAUUUAACAACAAACACACACACACACACACACUAGAUGCAAGAAUGACUGUGGCUGAGAAGUUUGCCUCCCAACCACAUGGUUCCAUGUUCAGUCUCUCUGCAUGGUACCCUGGGCAAGUGUUUUCUAAUAUAGCUCUAGGCCAACCACACUUGUGAUUGAAUUUGGUAGACGGAAAUUGCAGCGUUCUUCGUCAGAAAAUGACCGCGAAACGUUCAUAAAGAGUUGUUUGUUUCAUACUACUCGUGUGCCGAUUCUGCCCAUAAAUGAACAAAUACAAUGUGGCUGUAGGUCAUAAAACCCGGGCAACGCCGGUGUGCAUAGCUAGUUAAUAAAAUAAGAUCAAGCUACAUAGUCUUCAACAAAUUAUGCAAUACCUAAAAUAUCUUAAAAAGUAAAAUAUUCUAAAUAAGCUACUUCACAAUUUUUUUGUAACAGGGUUCUUCUCUCUCAACAACAUUUAUAUAUGUAAAAGAAUGGGGAAGCACCAAUAUUUCAUUUGUGCUCUAUCCCACAAUUUUUGCCAUGAACGAUUACCAAACCACGUUGUUGCUCUAAAGUAGAGAUCACUUCGCAUAUCUUUGCUUCGAUGGUGUUAAAACAAUCCUUUUACAAGUGGCACCAAUUGUUUUUCUAUUACUACCGAUUCAAGCAUAUGUAUCAAGCACCAAUGCACACUUAUGCUAGUUUCCGUCCUCGGCACUUCCUGGGCGGACCGUAGCUUUGCUGACAGCACGCAAUGAACAUUAUGCGUAGCAAUUUUUCAGCUACACUUUAAAUAUGUACACGAAGAGAAUUUUUUUAGGAUCGUAUUUAAAAUGCCAAUUUUCACGCAAUAUUAUCUUGCAUCAUAAUGCGGCGAGCUAGCGGAGUCGUUAGCACGCUGGACGAAAUGCUUAGCCCUUCGCUACGUUGUUGAGUUCAAAUUCUGCCGAGGUUGACUUUACCUUUCGUCCUUUCGGGGUCGAUAAAUUAAGUACCAGUGAAAUUCUGGGUUCAUUGUAAUCGACCAGUCCCUUCCCCCAAAACUUCAGGUUUUGUUCCUUUAAUAGAAUAUUAUUUUGCAUCAUAACACCGAUCUGGAAUUACGUAAAUAUAUCGUCGUAAAGUGUUAGCUGCUAAAUGGAUGUAUAUAGGCGGGAGUACUUUCAAAGAACAAGUAUGGGAUUUGGAAAUGUUCCGAUAAAUACGUUCUCUGCAAUGGCUUGAGUAAGAAGCAAUAGUAAGUUUGCAGAUAGCCAUUGUUAUUAGCUCAGUUUAAUCUCGUAACAUUUUCUAAGGUCACCGAAGCAUGUAGCAUGCAUCUCACUACUUUAUAGAUUCUACACUGUACGGUGGUUGUGGACAGACCCAUCUAAAACUUUAAAAACUUCUGCUUUAAAAAAAAUAAAUAAAAUACAUCCAGUUUAUAAACAGCUGCUUCCCAUAUUCCCACAAAAUCUCUUUAAUCAGGAUACAAAAGCAUUUGGCAUGAUAUGAGGAAGCAAUCCAGCCAAUCGUCAGUAAAUGCGAAAUCUGAGUUUAGAUUAGGGAUGGUGAGCAGAAACUUUAGACUUAAGAGGAUCUAACAACUCCAGUCGCUCCAUCCAGUUCGCUUAAGCAACUUCAACAUAGUCCUCAACGUAUAAUUCUUGUCAGUCACGAUUUAAAGCAUACGUGAUGUAUAGCGUAGCGCUUAGUCGAUGACGAAAAAUAUGGGCUU